GCACUCUGAUUCUACUGCGUUGCCUACUUCGGUGGGAUUUGGGGUACAUAACUGGAAAGUUAAUUAUCUCAGCGUUUAAAUUAUAACGUUUUCACGAUAUUUUGUAACCUAAUGCCAAAAGAUACAUGCGCAACAGCGUAAAUGUGUCUUCAAAUCCUCGCAGAACACGUGAACGCAUCACGAGGCAGUACAUAAGGUAAGAGGUUGCUCCAGGCUGGGAGGUAGCGGUCCAGCUAACUUUUAGAGCUAGCUAUGCCUGGCAAAUGUAAAUUCCAAGAUUCCUGGCUCGCAAAGGAUGUUUACAAGGACUGGCUGGUUAAGGACGUCCAGGACAUUCAUUUUGCCCGAUGCAGGGCCUGUUGCAAAUCAAUCAAACUUCAGACGAUGGGCGAGGCUGCCCUUACCAGCCACGCAGGGGGAGCUGGCCACAAAGCAGCGGUCCGCAAGCUGCUGGAAGGCUGUUUGAUGGUGACAGGACAGGUGAAUGGCAGCGUGAAUCAGGCAGAGGACAGCAAGGAGCAAGUGGCCAUCUGCCUCCAGCGUGACGCCUUGGACAGAAUAACAGGCAACGACUGGUCAGAUCUGCACCACAGCCCCUCUACAAACUCCACCUCCCACAAUGCAGAGCUACAGGAUGUGGCAUUCCCUGCUGCCUACUUCACAGCACCAGCCUUAUUCUCUAAACUGCAGCUCCUGGUGUUAAACAGCCUUGAAAGCACCUCCAGGCUCAGCAGCCAGCAUCUCCAACCAUCAGGCGGCAAGACGGAAGACGCCGGGCGCCGCCCAGCUCAGCACGACUCCGUAGACCUGUCCAGACUGGAGCACCAGCAGAGAUCGGACGCUCUGGAGCAGCAGCAGCAGAUGAAGAUCCUGGAGUGGGAGAAUAGGAUGAAGGUGCUGGCGUGGGAGCAGGAGCUGGUGAGGGAGAAGAGGAGAGCAGCCCGACAGAAGGAGAAAGCCUUCAGGAUGAAGAAGGCCUACUACAAGGCCAAGCUAAAGAGGAUGGGCGAGGACGUGCCGCCAUCUUCCUCCAGUAGUGGCGACGAAGCGGAGAAAACGUCUGACCCGACUGGCUGAUACGCUCAAAUGUUUCUAUUUUUCGGAGUGUCAUUCUUGUAUUGUUUUGUGUAUACGCCAUGACACUACUUUUUGUUUUUUGUUACACAUUGCUGCUGAAGAGUUUCACAUUGAGCAACAAUAGUUGUAAUCACGGCAGCCAAUCCCUCUGCAAUGUGAGUUCCAUCUUAAUAGAGAAACAUUUUAAGCAGUUUUUGAACUAAUCUUUAAAAACAACACAACAGUACGGAGAACUGUAAGUCACUUUAUACUCCUUGUUGAAAUGGUUUGUAAUGACAACCCUGUUUUAUGUGUCAUCUAUCACAAUCUAGCCCCGGAUUGAAAAAAUCAAUUUUCAUUGAUCGUCUUAAUGGUGUAUUUUUUAUUUAAAUUUUUUUAAAGGUCAAAGUUCGUUCGAGGUUAUUUUAAAAGAAGAAUGUACGCAGGUGACACGCACAUGGGACGAAAUGACAUUCCUAAAAGGACAAUCUUUUAACAGACUUUUUUAGUGCAUGCUUUAACUUUGUUUUUGAUAUGUAAGUAAACAAAUGUGUAAGUGAAUAAAUAAGUGUGAGAAACAGGUACCACACUGACGUAUGUGCACACCUGUGA